AAUGGAGUGCAAAACAAUUCAGUAUGCAAUUAGCCACUGCAGUGUCCUCUACUUACAAUGUUUUCUCGUGUAAUAUACAUAUAAAUAAAAUAAACAUUUAAAAAAUAUUUUUAAAAUACAAAUUAAAUCAGCAACCGAAAAAGGAAAUAAUUGUAAGGAAAAAAUCCUGCGCAUUUGGAACAGCUUACUUGUCAAAUGUCAGGCACAGCAUCCUUCAAAAAACCUGCAUCCCCUUCAAACAGUUGUGGCAUUGCGAAAGGACAAGAAAAUCGUAUAUAGAGCUUUGUAAAAAUAAAAUUCAUAAGUUUAGAAAAAGUUAUUAAAAUUUAGUUAUUAGUAAAUUGAACUGCUAAAAAAUGCGCGGAGAGGAGACGUACCGUAGAGUUACACGUGAAAAGCUUGUAUUGCGUGGUAAUACGGCUAUACGUACACUGGAUUCCACCACAUCAUAUUUGCCUAUUUCACCCAGUGCUUCUACCACUCCUCCGACUGGUCUCUCCCACAUGGCACGUAUGAUGGACUCAUUGAUACUAGAUCAGUAUCCACCUUUUGCUUUUACGAAAAUAACAACAACUCACAGACCAACGCGCACUGGAAACAUCAAAAAGACAGAAACUACUAGAACAACAACAUUAAGCGGUUUAGCUGCAGGUUCGAGCGCUACCUUAGGGGCCCCAAUAGGUUUAGGGUUACGUAUGAAAAAUCGCAUACCAACACAAGAAGUACAACCUCAACCCCGGCCCAAUACUAACCUACCAGCAAACCAUAUAGCUGCAACCCCGCUUCAACAGCCAACUCCAAGUAAUAGUACAAACUUCCAAAAUCAAAACGACAAUAGGUGGAUUUCUUCGUUACGUCGACGUGAUCCAGAAUUGCAACCAACAUUGCCUUCGAUUAAUUUAAGUCACCAUGGUAGUUCACAUAAUGUUGGCAGUUUUGGCACUACUGGUAAUGCUGAAAAGCUACGUGCCUCGCGUAGUGUCAAAGCCUCUGCGCUAACAAAUCGAAAAAGUCGUUCAAUGGAACGUGUGCGUGCACGUAAAUUAUCCACACAAAUCAAGCUCAAGGAUAAAGGAAAGAAAAACUCAAUUGAUGAUAAUUCAAACUCAGAUGAUCAAGAAGCCACUUCUCUUGAAGAAAAUUCAACAUCCCAAAGUACACCGAAAAGUUCUCCAAAAACAAAAACGAAACAUUUCAUACCAGUUGGUCAUGAACCUCACUUGGUUGAUACCUUAGAAAAAGAUAUAUUACAGCGUAAUCCUGGUAUAAAUUGGACGGAUGUAGCUGGUUUAAAUGAAGCAAAGGCUAUAUUACAGGAGGCAAUCGUACUUCCCGUUCAAAUGCCUGAUUUUUUCAAAGGUAUACGACGGCCCUGGCGAGGUGUGUUAAUGGUGGGCCCACCUGGUACCGGCAAGACAAUGAUGGCUAAAGCAGUCGCAACAGAAUGUGGUACAACAUUUUUCAAUGUUUCAUCAUCAACACUAACUUCUAAAUAUCGUGGAGAAAGCGAGAAGUUAGUACGGUUAUUGUUCGAGAUGGCGCGUUUUCACGCUCCAAGCACUAUAUUUAUUGAUGAAAUCGAUGCACUCUGUGCAUCACGUGGUAGUGACUCUGAACAUGAAGCUAGUCGUCGUUUCAAAGCAGAGUUGCUAAUACAAAUGGAUGGCUUGAAUGCAACGUUACAGGACGAAAAGGUUAUAAUGGUUUUGGCAGCUACAAAUCAUCCUUGGGAUAUUGAUGAAGCGUUUCGUAGACGCUUCGAAAAGCGUAUUUACAUAGCUCUUCCAAACGAAGAAACUCGUUCUGCGCUGUUAAAACUCUGUCUUAAGGAUGUGAACUUAUCUCCAACUGUAGAAACAGAUUUAAUUGCGGAUCAGCUAAAAGGUUAUUCAGGUUCUGAUAUAAGUAACGUUUGCCGUGAUGCGGCUAUGAUGGCUAUGCGUAGACAAAUAUCCGGUUUAACUCCAGCUGAGAUUCGACAAAUACGUCGGGAAGAUGUCGAUCUUCCGAUCACGUUACAAGAUUUUCACGACGCAAUGCAGAGAACCAAGAAAUCUGUAUCUGCUGAUGAUGUCACACGCUUUGAGAAAUGGAUGGAAGAUUAUGGAUCGUUUUAAAAUGACAACUGAAUUCAAUGUAGUUAAACAUCACAUCACAAUCAGGUCCUACAAAAAAAUACACAUUUGCUCAUGCUUUUUAAUUAUUCAUAAUAAGUUGAUACAUAUAUUCGACAUUUAAAUAGGCACUGUAUGUAAUACUUCCAUAGUAUAUACUCACAAUCCGCGAAUGCAUUUUAUACUUAG